UUCAAACCUAUAAAAGGCUCAGAGGCUGGCAAUAGAUUGGAACUCAUCAUCAUCCGGAUCUGAUUGAAGCAAGAGCCUGAACUGAGCAUACAGCCAUUUCUUGCCAGUGUUGGCCCUGUCUUGACUGAACAGAUAGCAGUACUGAAUAGGUUCUGAGUCCCCCUAUCAGUGGCAAAGAUGAUUUUCUUUUUGCAUAUGCUUAUUGUUGCCACUGUUUGGGAAGACACCGACUCUUACCAGCGAAGACACCUAGAUGGACCAUAUGAGUGUCAUGACCCUAUUCCUCUGUUUAGUGUGGGAGAUGUGGCUAAUCUGACAGGGGACUGUGACUUUUAUUGGAAGCCAGGAAGAGAUUUGUUUGCAGUGACUACCAAACCUGCCUUGACAUGGAAUUUGACCAGCACAGAAUACAUCACAACUGUUUGUAGACUAAACUGUGACAGGCAUACAGAGAAAUGCACUCCCAAUCCUGCUGGGGGCUUAUAUCAGAGACUGAAUGAAUCAGGAUUUUCUCUGGCUGAGUCUCCAUUAGAUUCUUCCUGCAUAGCCGAAUUUCAAAGGGAAAAUGACACUGCAGAAACCAGAUCUCCAAGUUUGGAGAUAUAUGCUAUGGAUAACAGUUCAACAGUAUUUGAUGGUUUAGGACAUAUAAUAAGAUACACAAGAGGAUGUAAAACUGUAAGUAGUGCUAGAAUUAUCCAGCAUAUUAAAAUAAUAAUUAAUAUGACAGCAGUAGACAUCACUACUAGACAUUCACAAUGCAAAUCUACCAACUUAUGGCUGAUUAAUUCCCUACACUUGAAAAAUAAAUAUUACCAAUAUAGGAGAAACAAACGUGAUGUUACAGGAAUAAUGGGAACUGCUUUGGGAGCAGUUGGGUCAGGUACAGGAUUUCUGAAUAGUAUAGACGUUGACACCUUGAGAAGUAAAUUAAGCCGUUUAGGUGAAGACUUAAACAUGGCUUUUAAGCUAUUAGCUGAUCAUGACCCAGAGCUCGGUCAAAGAACCGUAGAUAGUGUUAUAACUCAAACUGUCAUGUGGAGAUGGAUUGAUCAUGCUAAUAUGUAUACAGAGCAGGUUUUAAAUAACCUUACUAAAGAAUUAAAUCAAAGCUUUUGUAUUUUGUCCCAAUUGGCUGCCAAUCAGCAAUACCUGCAAUUCAUCCAGGUUUGGGGGGCAAAACGGCCAAGCCAUUGGCAAAAUGAGCUACAGUUGUAUAAUUGGUUAAAACCAUUAGAUUUUACAUGUGAAAAUGAUUCUUGCAUGUUGACCUUUGAUUAUCUUGCUAGUAAAAAGGGAACAAAGCAAGUUUGUCCAUUUGUAGCGUUGCCUUUGCAAUUUGGAAAUAAUUGGUGGAUGCCUCAGAUAGAAUCUAAUCUUAUUGAUUAUAAUGAUGUGCCCAUUGAUUUAGCGGGAUGUGAGACCUGGCCUCAGGGGUGGGUAUGCAUGUUAAUUAAAAGGAAGCCUCAUCCAUGUUUACAUAAUGGGACUGGAGAAUGUAUUUGGCAUAGAUAUAUAGUGAAUGGGACAGACGAUUAACUCAAUGACACCACAGCUUGUGUAGUAUCCUCCUGUAAGCUAGCUUGGAGUGAUGGAACAAUCACAUACAGUGGAGCACAUUGUAAAAGUAAUGUACAUGCAAUCAUUGAUUUUUGCACUGGAGAACUGAUUAGAUUGGCUAGAUGGAUGGACAUCACAUUAAAUGCUAGCAUAGAACCAUUACACACUUUUCGAUGGCCAUCUCUAGUCCACCCGGACUUUAAACAGAUUGAGCAGGAAGGGCAAGCUGUGCUGCUCCUGUUAAACAAGACUUUACAUGAUGCGCAUAAAACUGUGAUUAAAAUGAUUAAAGACAAAGGUACCAUUCUAAAAAUUGCAAAUGAAAUUCAAGAUAUGACUGUUUCACAUUGGUAUGAUGUUUUUAUGUGGUCACCAAGCCUGGUUCAAUCUGCUUUUACACCCUUUGUUGCUGACCACAAUAAUUUCAGUGUUGUUUUGCUUGAUUUCUUGCUGCAUUUAUUGUAAGGUCAUGAAAAAGUACAGAAAGAUGUUGUCAGUUUUGCUCAUCAUCAGGAACACACAGCAAUCAUUGCUUGAUGCAAGGGGUGGCCUGUGACGGAUCCACACAGUUUACCAGUUUAAAAAUUUAAAGCAGUAUAUAUUUUUUUUAUUGCUGUAAUUUGAUGUGUAUAUAUUGCUUUAAAAUUUUUGGUGCAAUUUUGAAUGGUUAAGUGAGGGGUGGGUAUAUAUUUGGCUGGGUUUUUGUGCAAUAUUGUUCUGAGGAAAUCUCUGUAAUAGAGAGGAAAUUGCUUAACUUUAAUAAACUUGGUGUCCCUUG